UAGGAGAGAGAAUGAGCUCUUAUUUUGAAGUGUGCCAACCGGAAAAUUAUUUCCAGAAACAUGGCGGCACCUGUCGGUAGCACUUCAGGCUGUUGGGGCGCUCCAGAGGUUUAUAAACACCAUGAACAGCGAAAAGUAUGCAUUUCUAGACCAAAGUACAGGGAGGGAAGGAAAGCGAAAGCGGUUAAGGUGUACACCAUCAAUUUAGAGUCCCGUUACCUGAUGGUCCAAGGAGUCCCAGCAAUUGGAGUGAUGACAGAGCUGAUCCAGCUGUGUGCCCUGUAUGGAGCUGUGGAGGAGUACAGGCCCUUGGAUGAGUACCCUGCUGAGGACUUCACGGAGGUCUACCUCGUCAAGUUCCAGAAACUCACAAGUGCCAGAGCAGCCAAACGACACAUGGAUGAAAAGAGUUUCUAUGGUGGUGUGCUGCACGUGUGCUAUGUCCCAGAAUAUGAGACUGUGGAAGACACCAGGCUAAAACUGCAGGACCGGAGGAGAUACGUAAUAAGGGCUGCUCAGAAUAAAGCAAGAGAAAAGGAACAGAAGGAGGCAGUAAAUGAGGAGCCCAGAACAUCAUACACAGCCACCACAUCAGAGAAGAUCAUCUCCAGACUUGAUCAAAUGGAUAAAAUUGAUGAUAGUGGGGAGACCUCAAACAUCAGCCAUUAUUCAAGCUUUCCUUUACUGCCAUUACCUCCCCAGGAACAUCAUUACUAUGGAGAUAAAAAUCCACAUGGGACAGUACCAACAGAAGACAAAAUGGGAACAUUACAUAAUGCCAUAAUCGAAACAAAACAGCAGCCAGGGCAGAGUUUAAGCUUAAGUCAAACUUCCUCAGACAGAGACAGAGGCACAGAACGCAGACUGACUCCAAGUCAGGCCUCUGCAGUCAGAUUUGUCCCGAGGACCACACACUUGGAGAACAGGAAACGCAAAAGGGAGGAGGCUGCAGAGCUUUCACUGACUGAUGUUUCUGGUAAAAAUGAGCCUUUGAUUGGACCAAAGCUACCUGAACCACCUAAACUAAACAUGGAGGAUGAAUCAUUGAACACAACUGUCAGCCUAAUCAGGAGCACUAUGAAAAAGGUGGGAUCAGUUCCCGAUGUCAAACCAGUGGAGAAAAAGAUUAAACCACGUCGUCGGAUUUGAUCACAGCAGCUCAAUUUCUCGUUGCAACUUAUUUUUAUUUACACAUUUUGCAUCACAAUGCAAACAUAAAGCUAUAUAAAGCUUUCUAUUAAAGAGGGCGCAGUUGAAAAUUCA